AGGCACAGAGGGAGUGAGACUGAAAGCUUGCUCCUCUGUUAGAAUGCUGGAAUAACGGAGGCUAAUCAUUCUGUAUCUAAUACAGCUUCAGACCUUUUAGGAAAAUGUCGGGGAAAAUCGACAGCAAACACGACUCUCAGCGCUCCAACUUGUCAACCUUCACAAUGAAGUUAAUAGACAAAUUUCACUCCCCCAAGCCAAAACGAAUAUCUUCAAAGAAGCCACCAAAGCCUUCAGCAGAGCGAAGUGUCAAGACUGCUGAGAAACAUGGAACUAAGCCUCUUAGUCGGUUGGAAGAGCUGGAGAAAGAGGUUGUCAGUGCCUUGCGUUACUUUAAGACAAUAAUUGAUAAGAUGGUGGUGGACAGAAAAGUUCUGGAAAUGCUUCCCGGUUCUGCCAGUAAAGUAUUAGAGGCUGUCGUGCCUAUAGUACAACUAGAUCCCAAGAUUCAAAACAGUUCGACCGUGUCUUCAUGCCUCAGCCGAGUGUAUCAAAGUCUAGGGAAUCUGAUCCGCUGGUCCGACAAGGUGAUGCUGGAGGGAGUAAUCCUAGAGGACAAGGAGACCAUCCAGACCGUAACCAGCAUCAUAAAAACGGUCCUGGAUGGAGUAAAGGAGCUAGUAAGGCUGGUCAUAGAGAAACAGCAGCACCCAUCCCCAACUUCACCCACAGCCAAAACAGUCCCAUCCGUAUCCAGCUCACAGAGUGUUUUGGAGCCUCCUGUUAUAGAGACUGAAGAUGAGAGCUCAACAAACUGCUCUGCAUUGAGUCAUUCCACUGAGGCUCUGGCAGAUGCACCGUCUACUAAAGAGCUGGCACCUCCUAAACCCCCUCUCCCCGGACUGAAAGUGCCUGAGCACUAUCCCCCUGCUCUUCCUCCGAAAAAGCGUCAGUCGGCUCCAUCCCCUACACGAAUUGCUGUGGUUGCACCGAUGAGCCGUGCAACAAGCGGAUCUAGUCUUCCAAUUGUCAUCUGCAAACAGAAUUACGAUGCAGAUGGAUUACAGAGGCGUUUUUCUGGCGGCAGUCACUCCUUUGGUGGCGAGUCACCACGUGUUUCGCCGUGUGGCAGCAUGGGCAAGCUGAGCAAAUCUGACGAACAGCUGUCUUCACUGGAGCAAGACAGCGGGCAGUGCUCACGCAACACCAGCUGUGAAACGCUAGAUACAGCUGACUUCUACGACCCAGACUAUGACUUCCUUCGAGAGGACCUGUCCAGCGUAGAUCAGAUCACUUUGUCUGCAGGAAGCUGCCUCAGCCCCCUGCCCGAGUCCUAUCGGGAGUCCUCUUCUUCUUGUCCUGGCCAGUUUCCCUGUGGAUCACCCUCAGUCCUUUAUCCUGGUUCUUCUCCUUACUCUGUCAAUAAUCCACCUGCUCUUCCAGAAAAAAAACGACGCAGCGCUAACCCGCAGACCCCCUUCGACGGUAUGACACCUCAGACUUUCUUUGAGCGCCACCAUUCCCACUACGAUAACGUUACUGAUGACGAAAUGCCCGUACCACCUUUCCCUGUUUUUCCUCUGAUUGCCUCCGGCACCCCCACUGGCUAUGAGGUGGACUAUGUUGCUUCAGAGAAUGCUCAUAUACCACAGUCUCCUCCACCUCUGCCUGAGAAGAAAAGCAAACACAUCCAAAAAUACAUGCAGGCAGUGGAGGAUUACUCGGAACCACAGCCAUCUGUCUUCUACCAGACCCCACAGAGCGAGAGCAUCUACGAGCAGCGCAUCAGGCUCUUACAGGAAGUGUACGGCUUCAACGACUCCUUCAGCAGUAGUGACUCUGUGCACGAUCCUCUCCCUCCUCCUGCGCUCCCACCCAAACAGAGACAGCUGGCCUCCUCUCACUCUGCUUCUCCCUCCUCAUCCUCCUCUUCCUCUCUGUCGUGCCAACUGCAGCCAUGUGCAGGAGGCCUUGGUUCAGCUGAGAUGGAUGUUGCUCUCAGUCUGUCCACCUCAAGUCUCUCUCUGGGCUGCCAGGCCUCUCUUCCUGCCUCCACGAGCCAGAAUUCUAGUAAUGAGGGUGGCGAUGGUGAGUACGUCAAUCUGUAUUCAUCCAGUCAAGCCAACGGAGACCCACCACACCCGAACGGUGAUCCCAGCUGUGGAGCAGAAGAUUCACUCCAGGACUCAACACUGGACCAAAGCAAAGAGCAGAACGACAUGGAGAGCUGGAAGCAGAGGUGUACAGACUCAGACCUGAGCUCUGAGGAGCUGGAUGAGCUGUCUCUGCUGGACCACAGUGAGAUCAUGUCACGCAUUACACUAAAACGAGAGGUUGAUGAUGGUCCAGAUGUCCGAGCCGGAUCGGAAGACAUUUUAUUAGUUCAUGCAACAGAAACGGAUCGAAAAGAUUUGGUGUAUUGUGAAGCUUUUCUGACAACAUACAGGACCUUUCUAACCCCUGAGGACCUCAUUAAGAAGCUCCGCUAUAGAUUUACCAGAUUUUCUCACAGUUCAGACACUGUCAAGAAGCGAGUCAGCAAAAACACGUUCUUCGUGCUUGUACGUGUAGUGGACGAGCUUUGUUUGGUGGAGCUGACUGAAGACAUUCUGAAGCAGCUGAUGGACUUGGUGGUCAGUCUAGUGUGUAGUGGAGAGCUCAGUCUGGCUCGAGUCCUGCGCAAAAACAUUCUGGAGAAAGUGACGCAAAAGAAGCAGUUGAACUACACUAACUCGAUGAAGACGCUAGCUGCUCGCAGCGUUGCCGCCAGACCUGGUACACUUCAUGACUUUCGAAGUCAUGAAAUCGCAGACCAGCUCACUCUCCUGGAUGCAGAACUGUUCUACAAAAUUGAGAUUCCAGAGGUUCUGCUGUGGGCAAAGGAACAGAAUGAAGAGAAGAGUCCUAAUCUCACCCAGUUCACAGAGCACUUCAACAACAUGUCUUACUGGGUACGGUCCAUAAUAAUCCAGCAAGAAAAAGCUCAAGACAGAGAAAAACUGCUCCUUAAGUUUAUUAAAAUCAUGAAGCACUUAAGAAAACUCAAUAACUUUAACUCCUACUUGGCUAUACUGUCGGCUCUUGACUCUGCGCCAAUUCGGAGAUUGGAGUGGCAGAAGCAAACCUCAGAGGGCCUGGAAGAAUACUGCACUUUAAUCGAUAGCUCCUCUUCAUUCCGGGCAUACCGAGUAGCUUUGGCAGACGUUGAGCCUCCCUGUAUACCAUACCUGGGUCUCAUCCUUCAGGACUUGACUUUCGUGCACCUUGGAAAUCCCGACUUUAUUAAGGGCAAGGUGAACUUUUCAAAACGCUGGCAGCAGUUCAACAUCCUGGACACCAUGCGGCGCUUUCAGCAAGUGCAUUACGACCUGAAACACAAUGAUGAAAUUGUAUCCUUCUUCAAUGACUUCAGUGACCAUCUUGCUGAGGAGGCAUUAUGGGAACUCUCUCUAAAGAUCAAACCACGAAACAUCACACGACGCAAAACAGAGCGGGAGGAGAAAACGUAGGACUUGGACGUAUAGACUCUAUGCACAGCAAAGCAUUGUGGACUUGUGGACAAGAAGCAGCAAUUGGGAAGCGACUGUGACGGCAGCUAUGAGACUGGUCGGGAACUGUAAUUCGUUUGCAUAAGUUUACAGGACCUCUUUUUAAGUCUUGGGGUAGCACUGAAUCUUGGUCUAUAAAUAUACGUGAAGAAAAGUGCAGCACACAGACAACAUAGCAGAAAGGGAAACUCGUCCAGGGUGAACGUUGGAACAGUUUAUGUCAGACAUGGUAUUGAUGGGACUUUAGCUAAUCAGUUAAUUGAUUAGUGAUCAACAUUUGAACAUAAGCCUUUUUGCUAGCGGUGUGCCAGAGCUGUGGGAAUUGUCAGCACACUCUUAGCCUCUGUAGCGCCUCCAGCCUGUAACACAGUGCCAUAAUUUCGGAACGGACAAACUGCUUUUUUGGAGGAUCAAAAUGCACAUAGACAACUGUUUACUAAGAACAUUAGAAAGAUUGUUGUACCGAUUUGCAGCCCCUGUUUUAACAGCAUUCAGGACUGGAACUCUGUAUCAACACUUAAUGACAUUAUCCAAAUGCUUUUGGGAAUUAAAACAAGCCAAGCACUUUACUGGGUUACAGAUGUUUGCUGUUUUUGCUCCAUUGACAAUAUGUGGCAGGAGCUUGGACACCUCGCUCCAUCCUCGUGUUCCCACUAAGGACAAACUGGUUCAUUGUCAUUGUUCCAGUUUGUUGUGCUGUGACGUUCUCUAGUUGUGUUAUUCUGAAUAACGGUUCAUUGUGUAUGCUACCCAUCAUAUUGUAAAAUGAGAGGUGCACUUCAUGCCAAGUCUUCCAGUUAUAUUUAUUAAAAAUGUGUUUACUUUUCAAAGAAA